AAAAUAAACUAAUAAAUAGUAAAAAUUAAUAAUUUAGAAAGGAAAAUGAAAUAAUUUUUAAUUCUCACUUUCAUUUUAUUGUAGAUAGCAUCAUCUAUUGGGUUUGGUAUUUAAUAACCUAUUUUGCCUGAUAGUUCACUCUUUGUUAAAUCUAAAUCAAAAUAAGGAUAUUAUAAUUUAAGAAAAAACCAAUAGCUAAGUUUAGAUUUGCCAUUUUUGGUUUCGUCUUAUAAGCAAAACAACUAUUUCUAUGUUGUUGAGAAAGUUUUACAAAAUAAAUAAAAUUAUGUGGAGAUGAUAAUCAAGUUAAAUAAACAGAUUGACAUAGUUUAUACUGAAAAUAAAAUUUACUAAUAGUUAAAAGUAGUUGUUGACUGUAAUAGUUGGGAUGAGCUAUCUUUUCGCAUAACUGAUAUUGAUGAGAAGAGGUUUGAAUUACCUCACAGAGAACCUUUUCCUUAUACAAAGAAUAAAAGUUGGAGCUUGAAAAAAUAAAGAUAUGAAUUUUAAUUACCUUCGGUUGGAGAAAAAUUCUAUUUCCGCUUAGUUCGCAAAGUAACAAAAGAAAUCAUAUUUGAUACAUCUGAUUUUGAUUUAGUUUUUACAGAUAAGUAUUUAGAAAUUUCAACCGCUCUUAAUCAAGAAAAAAUAUAUGGAUUAGGCGACAGACGCUAUAUUUCCUAUGAAUUAGGAACUGGUAAAUUCUCUUUUUGGGCAGCUGAUGCUACUAGAAUAGAUACUGGAUAAUUGAACCAGCAAUUAUAUGGUCACCACCCUAUGUACUUGCAUAGAGAAUCUAAGAGCGCUAAUUUCAAUGUAAUAUUCUUGAGGAAUUCUUAUGGAAUGGAGGUAGAUUAUAAUAAGAACAAAAAAUUAACUUAUAAAGUGAUUGGAGGAAUCUUUGAUUUUAGAUUUUUCAUUGGAGACAAAUACCCUGAAACUUCAAUAAAGCUUUAUCAUGAUUACGUUAAUGGAUACAUAUUACAUCCAUUUUGGGUUUAAGGUUAUCAUCAAUCAAGAUGGGGAUAUAACACUACUGAUAAGCUACUAAAUGUUUGGAGAACUUUUAAUAAUCUUAACAUUCCUGUUGAUUCUAUUUGGAGUGAUAUUGAUUAUAUGAACAACUACGAAGACUUCACAUUUAACACAGAAAAAUUUAACCUCGAAAGUUUAAAGAAGAUAUUUGAUUUGUCUAAACCAGAAGGAGUGCAUUGGUCCAGUAUUAUUGAUGUUGGAAUAGCCUAAAAUUCUGAAUAUGGAAAAAAUGGAAUUCAAAAAAAUGUUUACAUAAAAAGUAAUAUCACUGGGGAGCCAUUAGUUGGAUGGGUGUGGCCAGGAGCAACAUAUUUCCCAGACUUUAACAAUCCAAAUGCUACUUAGUUCUGGUAUGAUGGAUUUGUUAAGCUAUAAUAAUACGGAAUUGCUUAGGAUGGUAUUUGGAUAGAUAUGAAUGAGUUUUCUAAUUUUGUUAAUGGAGAAAUAAAUUAAAGUGGUUCUCAAACUCCUGAUAAGCCUGUAUCAUAUCCCUUUGAUCCCCUUGGUGAGGAAACUCCUUUAUAAACAAAUACACUCAGCUUAAAUGCUACCCAUUAUAAUGGUUAAGAUGCUGCUCUCUUCCACAUUGCUAACUAUACCUUGACUGAAUAUGACAUGCACAAUAUUAAUGGAUUUUCUGAAGGUUAUACCACAUAUUAAGUUGCCAAGAAGAUGGGCAAAAAACUUACUUUCAUUCUUUCUCGCUCUACCUUGUUUGGAAGUGGAAGAUAUGUUUAACAUUGGACGGGAGAUAAUAUGUCAACAUGGGAAUAUAUGAAGUUAUCUAUUGCUCAUAUUUUCACAUUCUAAAUGUUUAGCAUUCCUUUAGUUGGUGAUGAUAUUUGUGGUUUCAAUGGUGAUACUAACCCUGAAUUGUGUGCCAGAUGGUUCUAAUUAGGUAGUUUGUAUCCCUUUGCUCGUAAUCAUAACAGUAUCAAUAAUAUUGACUAAGAACCUUAUGCUUUUCCCAAAUACCACUUCGUACUUAGCUCAGCUAAGAAAAUGAUAGGCGUUAGAUACCAGUUGUUGAAGUUUUACUAUCAUCUUUUUGUCAGAGGUUAAGGAAAAGGAACAGUUUUCAGACCUCUAUUUUUCGAAUUUCCAGAAGACUAAAAUGCCUACAGUAUAGAAGGUUAAUUCAUGCUUGGUGAGUAUUUAAUGGCUGCACCUGUUUUAAAAUAAGGUAAUAACCAAACUAACAUGACAUAACACUAAAUAUACUUCCCUCAGAAUACUGUAUUCUACAAUUUUUAUAACUAUAAAAAUUAAACUCCUGGAAAUUAAGUUUUCAAUAUUCCAUAUGAUGAUUAUACACCACUUUUUAUCAAGGCAGGAAAAAUAGUUCACCUUUAAGAUUUUAAACAAAUUACACGUAGCAACUAACUUAAAUCAGAGUUUACUUUAAUGAUUGCUUUUGAUGAUAAACUUGAAUCUUCUGGUUAAAUGUUAUCAAUUGAUGAUUAUAAUAAUGACGAUAAUAUAAUUGAAAAUUGUUAAAACAAGUCUUGUUUAGUGAACAUUUCUGCAAAGGCAACAACUAAAAAGACAAAUUUAGAAACCUAAUACAAUAUUUCAGUAAAAUUCGAAGGGGAAUAAAACAUUUAGAAUAUAUCUGUUAGAAAAGUAAUUAUGAUGGGCCUUUAAAGAUAAGAUGGCACUUAGGUUUCUAAAUCUAUAGAACUGAAUAAAGUAUUCCCUAUUGUUAAUGGAUCAACAUUACAACUUACUUUUACAGAAAGUGAAAGACUCAUAUACAAAUGAAUUAAAUUAUAAAAAAAUUAUUUAUUAUAAAGUUAUUAUUUUAUUGCAUUUAAGUAAAUUAACUAUCAAUAAUAAAACUUUAAAUAAUUUUGAAAAUCUAAAUAGAAAGAAAUUCUCUAAAAAAUUUAUGAUUAUGAUAUCUUUUAUGAAAAAAAUAUUUACUUGAAGAACUAUUAACUAACUAUCUUAAUAUUUGUGAGUCUCAAUUUCUCUUUAAAAAUCUCUUUAAAUGAAAAUUAAAAUAUUUAUUAGUGCAUAAAAUUUUUAUCUACUUAUUUUUUACUUAUCGAAAAUGCCAAUUUAAUUAGAUUUUAAA